AUGAGUUCAUCUCGCCAUGAUGGAGGCGGCAUCGCCAACCUCCGCGCUACUUGCGCCGCAUGGCUUCGUUCCCGCUUGCUGCAUAUCGUGUUUCUCUGCCUUGUGGUCGUGGACUUUUUAUGUGUCGUGGGGGAAUUGUCAUUGACCCUCAUCGCGCACUCGACGUGCCCGGACGAAGGAGCGAUCGGCGGGAGAACUGACUCGACAGAAGCGGCCAUUGAGGUGCUGGGCCAUGUUUCCCUGGGUAUUGUGGCUGUUUUUGUUGUGGAAACCGUCGCAAAGCUCAUGUUCUUGGGAUGGACGUAUUACGCCCACAACUGGCUGCACGCGUUCGACGCCGUCGUCGUCGUGUCGACGUUCACCAUGAGCAUUGUGCUGCAUGGACAGGAAGAGCGCGAAGUUGUUGGCCUUCUUAUCGUAUUUCGAGUGGGAUACAUCCUUCGCAUCAUUGAUUCCGUCGUCAUGACCAGCGAGAUGCACUACGAAGACACCAUCCACCGGCUCGAGCACGAACUCGCCGCUUGCCGGCUGCAACUCCAAGCAGCGACAACUGCUACCCCCACUCCUUCCGUAUUCACUACGGACUAUGUCAAACCAGCAUGUAGUCCCUACGAUAGUUGACAGCAUUUACACGAACGAGUCUUCCUUAUUACAAUAGAAUACUAUCACUUGGUUGGGUGGUGGUGGACGCGCCAUUCUCCAACUCGCG